AUGUCCUUUAGUAGUUUAUUUUCACCAAAAAAAUUACUCAAUAAAACAAAGGGUUCUUCGGAAAAGAGUUUUACAACCAACGAGAAUAACCAGGAAGAACAGCCUUUGAACAACCGCAAAUCUCGCCCAACACCCCAUGGCUCAACAACAUCUUCCGCACCUUCCGUACAAUAUAGUGGGAAUAUUGUGUCACCGCAAUACAAUGCACCGGCAUCUCCUGUACAAAAUUCAAAUAGAGUCCCACCUCCACAGAUUGAUACUAGUGGUACUACUACAUAUACACAACCCUCGCCAGCUGCAUUACCUCGUAUAAGGUCUCCUUUGUCACAACUGGCCAAUUUUGGUGAUUUCGCUCAAGAACUGAAUCAACCCAAUUACAAUUAUCAAUACAAUAAUUCCACAAAUGAGAAUGCACAACCAAUUUUUGCCUUGGCAAAUAGUGACAAUAGCAGUUCUAGUGCCGAUUCUGCGUCUCAAAAUAAAUUGUUACCAUCCAAAAUGAGUGGUCCUAACAUUCAAACAUCUGAGGUAUCAUCUAUGUAUGAUCAAUACUCAUUAAAUUCACCAAGUUAUUCCCAAUUCCCUGGUCAAACAUCACCAAGAGUUCGUCAUCUGUCGAAAUUGUCCGAUGCGUUUUCGGACACGACCAGCCUGCCUAGACGCACAUUAUCAGAAAAAGCUCGGAAAACCCCUUCGUCAUUUGUUCGUCAGUCGCGACUUUUUUCAAAUGAUUUGUCCGACAUUGAUUCUCACCUGUUGAAUUCAUUAACUGGUCAAUCAUUGUUGUUACAGAACAGACUGCAAACUGAAAAUUUAUCACCCGAGUUUCGUCCUAUUGUCAAUUUACUCAAUGCACAAAGGUUGAGAUCUUAUUGUGUUGGUUCAUUUCAAAUACCAGCCCGUAUGGGUAAUGAACAAGCAUGGUUUGAAGUGGAUUCCAAAUUGACGGGAAAUGAGUUGGCUAUUUGGAGACCACUGGAUGAUGAAUAUACCAUGGAGGAUGGAAACGAUGAAUUUAAACCAAAGUAUAUCAAUUUGAUUGAUUUUAGAGUGGAGUUCCUAGGCGAUUUACAACUUCGUAUUUCACAAGACUACCGUGAAGAUUCAAGUGUUCUAAUUCGUUUCCAUAAUGAACUCGAUUUCAACAAGUGGAUUAGUGCAAUUAUGUUGUCUAAAUUUGAAUACACUAAAUUGAAUGAAGCCUUUACUGCCGUUUUGUUGAGUUCCAAGGGAUCCAAGUUGCUGGAUAUUCAUGUAUUGCUUACUCAUAAAAAGAGAUUUGUUGAAUAUGAAUGGUGUAAUAUUAGAUUGCCGGAGAUUUCAACUAAAUGGAUCAAGGUUUACAUGGUGAUUUUGCCAAGUGAUAAACACCACUUGGGUAGGAUUGAAAUUUACCCACUGGAUAAGAAGAUGCAAAAGAAACACCUUAUUGCCUAUAUCAGUGACUUGACAAGUUUGUUUAACGUGUAUCCCGAACAAUCUAAUAUGAUUGACUUCAAUUCAAUCAUGAGUGCAUCGGGUCUGAUCCAUGUGAAUAAACAAUAUGAAUAUUUGUUUCCAUACAACAAUCAUGAAGAUAAACAUCUGUCGCCUAGAAAACUUAUUGCCAAGAACCAUGCAUCGAUUUCACGUUCAGGAUCCAACAAAUCCCUCGCAUCAUUGACUGAUAACAACAAUGCUAACAAUUUGCAGAUCCCCUCAACACCAAAACUCAAUGGAGAUUCUCGCUCAAGAUCAGAUUCAUUAAAUUCAACAAAUUCAUUCUUUGCCAACUCACCAUCAAAUGCUACACCAUUAACUAGGGAUCGAUCAACAUCCAACGCAUCCAAUUCUGACAAGACAAAAAGAUUCAAAUCCAAGGGUAAGUCGAAUACUGAAUUUGAUUUAAACAGAACCAAUUCAAGUUUCUUCAAAAAGCACGCAGAAGAUUUUGCAUUAACAAACACCAUGUAUAUCAUGCCAAUACCUCAUCCUGGUGUUAACGCAGUUGAAACAAUGGUGCGUAAUUUCAUCCCCAUAAUUGAUUCUUUUAAAUUAUAUGGACGCCCGCGUCAUUUAGCUAGUGAAAAGAAUAAUCCAGAUUCGAUGUUAUUUGGAUUACCUUCAUUACCUCAUUAUCAAUAUUUAUCCACUCGAGAUGCUCAAGAUGCAUUUGCUGAAUAUUUCCGAUUGAAUAUGAAUCAAUUUGAAAUGGAGGAUAUUUUGCGGGACAAGAUUGUUGCAUUAAUGCAAAUGGGUGGUCAUCAUGGCAAAGGAUAUAGAGGACACGGAGAUAUAAGUAAAUUGUAUGAAGGAUUGGAUCUCAAUUUUGAAGAAUUAUCCUCGCCUGUUUUGAGUGGUGUUGCUAGUCUCAAUAGUGGUGAAGAUAAUUUGCAGUUGAAUUUGGGCGAGCCAAUCAAUUUAGAAUCACCAAGAAUUACAAAUCCAUUAAGUGUUUGA